CGUUUCUGUGACUUCGUUCGGUGCAUUGGGUUCUUCGCUGGUGAUACCCUUGCUUUGUUGGAGUUUGCUGCCUUGGAUUCUGUUGGUCCGAUCAGUUCGACGGACCACACCCCUCUACCUCGAACACUCGCCUUGACGGCUUUUUUCUUCUUCCCCGACAGGUCUUCCUGUUCGGCUGAUAUACGUUUGAGACGCAAAAAAAACAUAAAAACACCAACUCGGCGCAGAGGCCUGAGACUGCUCUGCCCCUCACUCGAUCUUCUUUACCCAUCCGAAACCACCUCAGUCGCGAAUCGUCGCAUGUUCCUUUCCCAGUAACCGCGGCGAUGCUUAUCGAUGGCGAGAAGUGGGCUUGUGAAGCUUGCGUCCGGGGUCACCGUGUCAGCAGCUGUCACCACAGUGACCGCCCCUUGACCCACAUCAACAAAAAAGGCCGUCCGGUCUCUCAAUGCGCUCACUGUCGCGGCCUACGCAAGUCACGGACAACCCACACUAAGUGCGAGUGUGGUGACAAGAAAAAGAAUUGCCACAAGAAUGACUCAGAUCCCAACGCUGUUGAUAAGCGGGAUCUCAAGCAGGACUCCCGUCCAAGAUGUGGCUGCACUCAUGGACAGCGCUGCACCUGUGCGCUGAAGAAGGAACCCCACUUGGAUACCGUUCCGGAGACUGGCCUCCCUCCACCCCCAGCUGUGGCUUCGUUGGAUCAGCCCAAGAAGCCGCAGCUGACGUCGACCAAAUCGGAGAGUACCCUGACUAUCUUCCGGGAUGGUCACCACAAGCCGGCCCAUAAGCACAACGACAUGGCUCACAAGUGCGGUCUACCUUACACGAUACCCCGGUCUCAUACCAUCCAUGCAACGUCCGAUGUGGCCCGCCGCUCGGUCGACCAUCUGCCUUUGGCCCAGCCGACCAUGCUCAAUGAUGGUCUCACAAACCCGUCCGCAGAACAGUCGCCCCCUCGCGGACUCCAUCGUCGUGUCAAGUCCGAACAUGGUUCGCCAGAGAGUGCUCCCGUCAUAUCGCCGGACAAUGUCCCGACAACCAUUCCCCCACUCGACCUUUCGUCCUUUUUCUCUCAAGUUCAGACAACGGAGAACCCCGGCGACGUUGGCGUUCCCGAACCAGUCUCGAUGCCUAUGAAGACGCCUCUGGACCAGCUUGUGACCUCUGGGUUACCUUUCGACGUGUCCUCAUACUCUCGCUUUCCAACAACUAGAACCUCGCCUGUCAAUUGCGUGGCGUUCCAAGAUCCGUACAAGGAGCCGUUUUUUACAUCACCAGAUGGCGACAUGUCUCUCGGAUCGACCGCAUUCAGCGCUCCCCCUGUCGACUGGUCAAGCUUCCCUCUGUACUCCUCGGAAGUGCCAGCCGCGACAAGUACUCAAGCACCCUCUUACGCGAGCUUCGAUUACAACUCGAUGGCUCCCGGCUUUGCGGCGCCCUCUUCAUCCGGGGACAUCUCUGAAGCGGAUGAGUUCGCACCGAUGCCUGGCUUGGGCCGCACCGGCAGUGACCUGCAUGACCUCAACAGCGUCAGCGAGGGCUCCGAUAUCGACCAUUUCCGGCUCAGCUCGGCAUCAUCAUUCAUCGGACUUCCUCAGGCGCAGCUCUUGGCAUCUAGCAACCUCGAGUCUCUUGAUAUUGACGAUUUCCUCAAGUCCGCCAAUGAAUCCACGGCUGCGCUAGAACAUCAACUCCAGGCGAACAUGGGCAUGGAAGCCAAGUCCCUUCCAUCAGAGGAUGCCUUUGGUAUGUCGACUGCAGAGGCGUUCAAGCCAAUGAGCACCCCUCCUGACAGCAUGGUAAUAACAACGACGCCCUCCACUGAUGCUGUAUGGACCGUUGGGCUAUACGAUCCUAACACCGCAACCAUGGGCGAGGGAAACGACGCCAAUUUCUAUGUGCCGCCAUGGGUGCAAUAGGGCCUUGAUGGGGUGCAGCUUCUUCUAUAGCUUUGCGAUCUGUUCGCUGCACCUUAACACCACCUCCACACCGUCUGAGUGACAACCACGUCUUCAUGACC